GUAAUGUUCAGUAGCCUUCUUAAGCGUCUGUUGUAAACUACACAUGUAUAAUUGUGUUGAAUCCAACAGUAAUCUCAGGUUAGCUAAAGAUUACUUUAGAACAAUUCGUAAUUCUGUCAUGAAUGAUUAAAUUUUUCAUAUAAAUGAAAAAUCAAUAGUAAUCUGUAUGUUAUGUAUUGUCAUUAUUAUCAUAAUUAAUCUCACUUUGUUGACAUCUAUACUCUGUAAAAAAAAAAGUUGGCCGACUGAACCUUUUAGGGUUCUAGAUUUUGGUUCCAUUUUAAGAACCUGUUUUAGUUCUGGUCGAAGACGCUGAACUGUUUAAAGUUCUAGAUCUACUGGCCAGAACUUUUUUAAGUUCUAAAUUUUUUGGCUAGAACUAUAAAAAAGGUUCUUAAAAUGGUACUCAAAUCUAGAACUUUAAAAGGUUCAAGGCUUGUCUAAAACCUUAAAAGGUUCAUUAUGACACCAUGUUUUCUCUUCUUUUGGUGCUGAUGGUGGAAAUCUAGAUUUCAUAUGAGUGUACUGAAUUAUAAAGAUCCAUACAUGAAUUACUUUAUUACAGAUUCAACUGUCCAAAAUAUGCCGAAAAAACAUGUUUUUGUGUUAUAAUUAGGUAAUAAGCAGAACUAUGAGAUAAGAAUAGAGCAUAUGUUGAUCAAAAAUUACUAUUUCCUUUAUUUAAAUGAAAUGGGAUGCUAAUUAAAGAAAAAAAAAGGAUGAUUUUAAGAUAACAUGGUCUUACUCUGACAUCAUAUUCGCUCUGUUAAAGCACAUCUAUUUCAUCUUCUAUCUUUCUCUCAAUUAGAAUCUAGAAAAUAACUACUAAAGUCAUUCUUUGCUCUUAAUUAUGCUGUUGCUUGAAUAUCUUUUUCCUUAAUACGACAAAAUUAUGAAAAAGACAUAGAGCAAUCAAAAAUAUACCUGUUGACUCUAUCACUUUUGUAAUCGUGCACCAUCAUUUUCGUAAAAUCUAAAAAUUUGAUUCAGAAACUCAAUGCUUGUAUGAAAGUUUCAUUUUCGUACUUAAUUUUUUUAUUAGAAAUCUAUGACAUCACAAAGCUGGAAAGGACAUAUUCUAGGGCUCUGUCUACACUUGAAAAGGUAAGAUCAGUGCUUUAACAACAAAAGACUAUGGCAUGUAAAAGAACAAUGGUAAAGUUGGUCGUUUUUGGCUGUGGAAACUGGGCAGACAAUAAGUCAGAUGGAGAGGUGGGGAUCAUUUUGAGAUUGGACCAUUUCGCACAGUAUUUCUUUCAUCUGGAAAAAUUCAUAACAGCCAAUAUAAUGAAUAGAAGUUACAUUUAAUUGAAGGUCCAUUGAUUCUUGGAAAUAAGGUAGCAAAAGUUGGCAAACAUAAACUUAAUUUUUCUGAGAUUUACGCACAGAUGCAAGACCUACUGUAAUAAUAUAUCAUAAGCAAUUUUUUACAACAGAUUUAAGACUUUUGGGCAUUUCCAUAAAAAAGGCAAGAAUUUUUUUCUUUUUUUUAAGAGACCUUAAAAUAUCCGUCCAUGAUUAAAAGAUAUUUAGAGUUAAAUAAUAUUCAUUCUAUUCAGAAUAUAUCAAUUUAAAUGUUUUCAUCUAGGAUGGUCUAAUACUGGUAGCAUGAAUUAUGCGCGAGUGUCACAUAGAGCUUCACUAUUAACAAAUGGACGAGUGUUGAUUACUGGUGGAUACAAUGAUGGCUUUCUAAAUAGUGCUGAGUUAUAUGAUCCAUCAACAGAAAUUUGGACAUUAACUGCUGCCAUGCAUAAUACACGACAGGGUCACACAUCAUCUGUAUUAACCAAUGGAAAUGUGUUAGUAACUGGUGGUUCUUAUUUGAAUACUGCUGAAUUAUAUGAGCCAUCAAAAGAAAGUUGGACGAUUACUACUACCAUGAAUUAUGCACGACAGUGGCAUACAGCAUCCGUUUUAUCAAAUGAAAAAGUGUUAGUUGCUGGUGGAAGAAUUGGUAAUGUUCAUCUCAAUAGUACUGAAUUGUAUGAUCCAUCAACAGGAACGUGGACAUUAACUUCCGCUAUGAAUCAUGCACGACAGGGUCACGUCUCAGCACUGACAAAUGGAAAAGUAUUAGUUGUUGGUGGCCACGAUGGCAAUACUUAUUUAAAUAGUGCUGAAUUAUAUGAUCCAUCAACGGAAACUUGGACAUUAACUUCAAACAUGAAUUAUGCACGACACGGUCACACAAUAUCUGUAUUUAGAGAUGGAAAAGUGUUAGUUACUGGUGGAGAAAAUGGUGCUUAUCUGAAUAGUGCUGAAGUAUAUGAUCCAUCAACAGGAAUGUGGACAUUAACCACUGCCAUGAAUCAUGCACGAUAUGAUCAUGUAGCGUCCUUAGUAUCAAAUGAAAAAGUAUUAGUUGUUGGUGGAUGGAAUGGUGUUGCUCUUAGUAGUGCUGAAUUUUAUGAUCUAUCAACAGGGACCUGGACAACUAUCUAUAGUAUGAAUUUUGGACGACAGGGUCCCAGAUCAUCGGUGUUAACAAAUGGAAAAGUAUUGGUUACUGGGGGAUGGAGUGGUAGUACUAAUUUAAAUAGUGCUGAGUUGUAUGAAUCAAAAACAGAAACUUGGACAACUACUGAUAGCAUUAAGGGAUAG